AUGGUUUAUCGCGGCAAGCCGAGCGCUGCGUGUGAGCGCUGUCGACAUCGCCGAUUGAAGGUCAUGACUUGUACUGACGGCUCAUUUAUUGACCGUUGGGUAAAUCACAUGGAGGGCGCAGUAAGGUUAAUAGAGGUUCGCGGCUCAGAGCAGCUCUCUCGACCAGAGGGGCUUGCUUUAUUCACUCAACUACGUGCUCAAGUUAGCCUCAGUCGAAUUUACCAGGAGCGUUACAGCUCAUCAGUUUUCACUAAACUCACAGAAGAAAUUCAACGAGAGCAGAAUUCCAUCGAUCAAAUCCUAGACCAGCUUUCCACCAUAAUCGGUCGAUUAACGGACUUUUGCGCCAACGUGACGAACAAACACAUCAUCGACCCUACUCAUAUCAUUCGUACCGCUCUCAAAAUCGACGCCGAAAUGGUGUCACUCAUGAUCAGCGUGCCUACGUUGUGCAGAUACGCUACAGUCAAGGUUCCAAUGUUUGAUGGAAAGCCCAUCACCCAAGCUAUCUGGGGUGACAGCUAUCACAUAUAUCAUAGCAUUUCCGCAAGUACAAUGUGGAAUAACUACCGUUCAGUUCGCAUCAUUAUUCAGGAGCUCAUCAUCGAUACCGUCAAGGAGCUGGAAGAUUUCUCAGAUGAUAUUUGCUCUCCGCAACGUAGCAGCUUGACAAGCCAAGCUCGCCAGACAAUGCUUCAGCUGGUGCAAGAUAUCUGCGGCAGCGUGCCUUACAACUUGGAGACAAACACAGGGGCCAGUCUAUCAUCCUUUCAAGCGACAGGAGCAGGCGGUCUCACCAUCAUGUGGCCCCUCUUGGUUGCUGCGAACUCAGGAGUUGCAUGUAACGAUCUUCGCAAAUGGAUUUCGAACUGCCUAGACAAGAUUGGCCAUUCGAUGGGCAUAAAUCAAGCGCUGGCUAUGUCAAAAUUGAUUAAGGGUGGGAUUCGGUCACGGGCAUUCUUAUCGCUAGAGUAUCGAUCUCACCCUUACAAAUUAUAG